AUGAGUGACAGUGACAUCAAACAACCAGAAACCGUUCUCACCACCGUGUUAUCAGGAGACUACAAGCAUGCAUUGAACGAGGAGAUUGCACGCGUGAUUUCUCCAGGUGGCAAGGAAAUUAAGGUGACGGCCGAUGUGGAUGAGGCCAUGGAAAUUGCCUUGGAAUCUAAAGAUAUUGUGUUAACACCCGAAGAAGACCGCCAGUUAUUGCGCAAGAUCGACUUGUACCUCAUGCCGUUCUUCACGUUCAUGUACGCGGUGCAGUACAUGGAUAAAAUCACCAAUUCCUUUGCUUCGAUCAUGGGUCUCAAGACCGAUUUGGGGAUGGUGGGUAACACAUAUUCGUGGUUAUCAACCGCAUUCUACCUCGGAUAUCUUGUGUUUGAGUUGCCAGCUUCGUUGAUUUUGCAAAGAUUCCCGGUUGCAAAAGCAACCUCAGCGUUUAUGUUGUUAUGGGGGAUUGUCGUGUGCCUCGCACCGGCUGCAAAUUUACCUGGCUUCAUGUUUCUCAGAGUGGUGUUGGGAAUGUUGGAAAGCAGUAUCACGCCGGCGAUGGUGAUCUUGACGGGCCAGUGGUACAAGCGCCAUGAGCACUUCAUGAGAACCACCGUGUGGUUGUCUGCGUGUUCGCUCGGGGUGAUCAUUGGAUAUGCCUUCGCAUACGGGCUUUACAUCCAUGGUUCCAACUGGUCAGUGGCGUCGUGGAAAGUGGUUUACAUCGUUAUUGGACUCGUGAACAUCGUCAUGGGCGUGGCCUUCUACUUCCACAUUCCAGAUAAUCCCACCAAAGCAUGGUUUUUGAAUGACAGAGAACGGUUGAUGGUGGUGGAGCGAAUCAGAUCCAACAACCAGGGUUUCGGCAACAAGCACUUUAAGUGGAGCCAGUUGAAGGAAUGCUUGACGGACUACCGGAUUUGGUUGAUGUUUGUGUUCCAAAUCUUGGACGAGGUUCCCAACGGUGGAUUGACCAACUUCUCGUCGAUUUUACUCAACGACGAUUUCGGCUACUCCGUCAAGAAGUCUUUGAUCAUGAACAUUCCAGUGGGGGUGGUGGGAUUCUUCGGGUCGAUGCUUGUGGCAUCCACCUACGAAUUUGGACUUGUCAAGCACAGAAUGGCGGUUUCAACAUUUGCCCUCGGCGUGGCCCUUAUGGGGUCGUCGUUGUUGGCAUUUGCUGACAGUAAAACUGCCCGAUUAGCUGGGUUCUACGUGAUGCAAAUUUCGGAUAUAGGCUUUAUUUGCAUGCUUUCCAUCUACCAGUCGAAUGUCGCGGGACAUACCAAGAAGGUGGUGGGAAAUGCCCUUCUUCUUAUUGCUUAUUGUGCUGGCAACUGUAUUGGCCCUCAAACAUUCAGAUCUAACGAGGCACCACACUACAAGAGUGCAAAAGGAGCCAUUGUUGGGUGUUAUGCCGCUUGUAUAGCCCUCAUCUUGGUGUUGUACUAUUCAUAUUAUAGGGAGAAUGAGGCCAGAGCGCGUAAGCGGGAAGAAAUGGGGGAUGCGUACGUUAAGCUUGAGAACAUUGAGUUUGCAGAUUUGACCGAUAAGGAGAAUCCCGAGUUCAGGUAUACACUUUAG